AUGCCUAUGUUGAAAUUGGAUCAAUACAGUUCGCUCCAAUUGCCGGAAGCAUUCUGUUCAGAAAUUUCAGAGAAUCAAGGUCAAGACAAUGAUGACAACAACGAAGACCUUCCAUGUCGGAUAAUAUGUCAUUUUGACGGAGGAGAAUGGUUCAUAUAUAAUCGUACUCCUGCUUACGAUGCCCUCAAAAACAUCAUAUCCCGGGUACAUAACACCGAUGAUUCUUCGGAUCGACGUAGCUCCUCUAGUGUCAUACAAAAUGAAUCUGGCGAAUUCACUGUUAAUAUUGACGAGAAUAAUUCCGAGGUAGCGAACAACGCCGACGAUUCAUUCUUUCGAAAGUUACUACCAAUCCAAUUGGAAUUGGAACGAAGUGCCAUCAUAAUCGGUAGCGUUUCAACACCAUUUGUCCUAGUCGCCGAAUUCAGUCUGGCUAGCGGAGUCUACAAAGCAGUAAAAUCGAGAUCCACGUUGGAUUACUACAAAUUGGUCCUGGAUCUAGAAUUCAGAGAGCCCAAGAUUCAUCUGAGGCCAAAUCAGGAUUAUGUAAAGGCAUACCGAGAUACAGUAGUCCAACAUAGUGAAGACGAUGUUAAGCAAAAGGAUUACAUAAACAUGGAUAAAGAAGCAGAAAUUAUUGAUGAGUAUGCCAAGGUGUCAACAAUAUUGGCCUGCCCGCUAUUACACAUGAAUUAUUAUGCGGACGUUGCUGGCAAGGUUCCACGAGAGGCAAUUUCAAUAGCAAAUACCGAAGAAAUCGACGUAGGAAACGGUGAUUUUUCUCCAGAAUGGGGUAUAGACCUUAUAUUCACAAAUGUCCAAGUAGAUUAUGGGCCCUGGGCAGAUAGACAAAGAGCUUUACUCCAAAAUUUCUUCUUUCCACCAUUAUACCGCAAUUCAAAGCCCUUCAAAAAACUUAGUCCUGGACAAGACAGAUUGCAUACCUUAUUGAAAAUUUAUAUCCAAUUCAAUGAUACAACAACCCUCAGAAUUCCUUUAAGAGAGGCAUCAAAGGAUUGGAAAUUCAAUCAGAAUGAGGAAGAUGACGAAAAUUUGUCACCUGGCAGCAACAGGCAACAUGGGUGGCUGGAAUUCAAAACGCCGGAUGAACAAGAUAAAUCAAAUGAUUCCACCGUCAAUAUGAUUUUACCUAUGGUCUACACGGAUAAAGGAUAUACCAAUCACCUGGAGAUUGAUUUGGAAAAUGUCGAGUUGCAAACCAGUGUCAAUUUUUCGAGAAUAUUGACUACCAAAAAAGCCAGGAUAAUGUGUGACUUACCGACCCCUUUGGAAUGGAAUAAAAUCCGGAGCUGGGAAUUCGACAUCUACCUAACAGAUGCGAAAAUAUUCCUUCUCAGGGAUCACAUUACAUUAUUCCAAGAUUUGGUCAAAGAUUGGACUGCCGGUUCAUCUCCUGACCAAUUGCAUUUCAUCCCAAUGGAAUACCGAUUUAAACCUCAUUUCACUAACUUCGAACUGUAUCUUUACGUCAACGAGCAAAAUAUUAUUAAUGACCCAAUUGAUAUUGAUGAUAAUGCUUUCAUCAUUAUCAAAGGACCACAUCUUAAUUCAAAUGUACUGGCCCCUUUCAGAUAUUAUAAUCAAGAAGUUACCAAAAUACUUUUUGAUGUAGAGGUGACAAAGGGAAGUCUUUUGAUGUCACCUCAAAUGUCUCAAACUCUUGGUGGAUUUCUCGCUGAUGAUAGCAAGGAGUUUGGCAAAAUCAAUAGUUUCAAACUUGAUGGAACUUACCAAUAUUACAGUUCAGUGGAUCCCACUCACCUGGAAUCUUUGACCCUGGAAAUGAAGGGCAAAGAAGUUAGUUUGAGAUUGUUUGGAUUUGUCAUUAGAUAUUUUAUCAUAUUACAACAAAAUUACUUUGGAAUUUUCAUCAACUUUAUGACAUUAAAAGAAUUCCUUGACAAGCAUGAUCCCAAGCAGGCAAAGCAACUAUUGAAUUCAUCUGUUGAUGCAAGCAAGAUGCAGACUCCUGUUGAUCCUUUUGAAUUAUAUUUGACACUGGUUGUUGAAGAUGGAACUUUAGUACUCCCUGAAAAUUUGUAUAAUUGCAGUCAAACUUCCACAAUGCAUUUUCAUGAGCUCCAACUAGACCUGAGAAACUUGGAUGUUUAUAUGG